UGCCACGUCUGGGGCUUCUACCCCCCCGAGGUGACCGUCCUCUGGCUGCACAACGGGGACAUGGUGGCCACCGGGGACACCACCAAGCUCCUGCCCAACGGCGACUGGACCUACCAGACGCAGGUGACCCUGACGGUCACUGCCAAGGUUGGGGACACCUUCACGUGCUCCGUGCAGCACGCCAGCCUGGACCGGUCCCUCCGGGAGGACUGGGGUCCCGGCUUGUCCCCGGACUUGACG